AUGUGUGGGCGGAUAUUAAUUCUAUCGCUAAUAGUGUAUCUACAGCAGGCUCACGCCACUACCGAAGGAUUUUAUGCCGAAAGAGGCAUGUAUGGUUUUGUGGCGGCUAUAACCGAACAAGGCAAAUUUAUCUGUGGCGGUACAAUUGUCUCGAAAUAUUUUAUUAUUAGUGCGGCUCAUUGUUUUAAGCGCGGUAGCAAUCACACUCAUAUUAAAGCUAUAGUUGGUACGCAUGACUUGAGCCAGGCGACAAGUGAACAUAUAAAAAAUGUUACAAACGUUGUUAUACAUCCACGUUUUUCUGUCAUUAACAUGGAUUUCGAUAUUGCUGUGGUGAGGCUAGAGGACCCUCUUCUCUUGGAGCAGGAAAAUCUACAAAGAAUAAACUUGGCAGAAAAUUUCGAUGCUUAUUAUGAUGAUGAUGCUGUAGCCUUGGGAUGGGGUCAUGGAGGCGAGCGCGACACUCAGCCACCUAGUCGAUUACGUUAUGUCCCGGUGUAUGUGUGGAAUCGUAGAACUUGCAAUUCCAAACACAUAUGGGGCGAGCAUGCUCAUUAUAUCUAUGGACCUUUGGUCAGCGAACGGAUGUUGUGUGCUAGUGUACCGGAUGGUGGAUCGGGUACAUGUGACAAUGAUGAUGGCGCUGCUUUGGUGGCGGAAGAGGAAUUUCUGGGCAUAAUGUCAUGGCGUUUUGAUUGUCAUUCCAUACACAAACCGUCGGUGUAUACAAGUAUACCAUUGCUGCGUACUUGGAUAAUAAGAGUUUUGGGCAAUUUUCCACAUUGA